AGGAGGAGGAGGAGGAGGCAGCACUGCAGCAGGGCAGGGGAUGCUCCGAGCCCGGCUCCGGCUCCUCCCCCGCCACCGAGCGGGGCCAGGGCAGCGGGCUCUGGGCAGGGACAGGAGCGGGGGGGAUGCCGAGAGCCCCCGAGCCCGGCCCGCAGCCAGGGGAGGGCUCCGGUGAGCUCUGAGCCCUGCGGACAGAAAUCCUGAGCCCUGCGGACAGGGAUCCAUCCUGCCGGAGCCCGGGAUCUCCGCUACUGAACCCUCUGGACAGGGGUCCUGAGCUCUGAGCCCUGCGGACAGAGAUCCAUCCUGCCAGACUCAGCAUCCCCCGGUGCUGAACUCUACAGACAGGGAUCCUGAGCUCUGAGCCCUGCGGACAGAAAUCCAUCCUGCCGGGGCUCGGGAUUCCCCGGUGCUGAGCUCUGAACCCCACGGACAGGGAUCCUGAACCCCACGGACAGGGAUCCUGAACCCCACGGACAGGGAUCCUGAACCCCACGGACAGGGAUCCUGAGCCCUGAACCCCACGGACAGGGAUCCUGAACCCCACGGACAGGGAUCCUGAACCCCACGGACAGGGAUUCUGAGCUCUGAACCCCACGGACAGGGAUCGAUCCUGCCGGAGCUCAGCAUCCCCGGUGCCCUCCCCGCUGCAAGGACGGCGGCUCCGCAUCCCGGCGUGGCAGAGCUCCCCUGCUCCUGGAGAUGUGUCCGGGCUCACAAGGCAGCAGCUGGGUUUGGGAAUCUCGGGAGAAGAGAAGAGCCCCGUGACUCUGCUGUGACCAUGGCAGAUACCCCAGGAGGGGCCAGUCCUCAGUGCCUGGUGCUGAUUUGUGCCUGAAGCCAGCAGAGCUGCCCAGGACUCAGGAGAACCUCCCGGGAGAGCACAGACAUUGGGUUUGCUCCAUGCAAACACUGCUGCCAGCCCGGUAAAAACGCGUGCGGGUCUCUCCCUUGGCAGGAGCAGCCUGGCACCCCGAGGAGGGGCAGCACCGCUCCUGCCCGGGUGUCCCCUCCCGAGGAUCCGGGGGGCACAGGGGGGCUCCGAGCUCGGGGCUCUGCUCCAUGACCAACACCCAGGACUGCAGGGAAGCCAUGGACUCACCCCCGGCCAGCCCCAGCCCUGCAGGGCCUGUCACCUUCUCCCAGGUGUUUGGGCAGCAGUGCCAGCUCAUGGAGGCAGCUGUGGAAUCGCUGCAUUCCUUGAAUGACCAGAUCUCCCAUUUUAUCGUCAACAAGGCAAAAACCCUGGACGAGGAUGAAGAUGCCUUUUUGCCCAGUGAGAAGGAAUCUCUGAAAAGUGCCAUGAUGCUGAUGAGGCACCUCCUGAUGGAUGCACAGGCCAAAAUCCUGCACAUGAUGGACGACAACAAGCAGCUGGCGCUGCGCAUCGACGGGGCGCUGCAGGCGGCGGGCCAGGAGGUGACGGCGCUGCGCGCCGAGCUGGCGGCCACCGGCCGGCGCCUGGCCGAGCUGGGCAGCGACCCGGCCAUGGAGCACGGCCCGCACGGCGCUCAAGCGCUGCUGCGGGAGGAGGUGGCCCAGCUGCAGGAGGAGGUCCACCUGCUCCGGCAAAUGAAGGAAAUGCUGACCAAGGACCUGGAGGAGACGCACGGCAGCAAGUCCCCGGAGGUGCUCUCGGCCACCGAGCUCAAGGUGCAGCUGGCACAGAAGGAGCAGGAGCUGGCACGGGCCAAGGAGGCUCUGCAGGCCAUGAAAGCCGACCGCAAGCGCUUGAAGGGGGAGAAGACAGACCUGGUGAGCCAGAUGCAGCAGCUGUACGCCACCCUGGAGAGCCGAGAGGAGCAGCUCCGGGACUUCAUCCGCAACUACGAGCAGCACAGGAAGGAGAGCGAGGACGCGGUGAAAGCCCUGGCCAAGGAGAAGGAUCUCCUGGAGCGGGAGAAGUGGGAGCUGCGGCGGCAGGCCAAGGAAGCCACGGACCACGCCAGCGCCCUCCGCUCCCAGCUCGACCUGAAGGACAACCGCAUGAAGGAGCUGGAGGCCGAGCUGGCCAUGGCCAAGCAGUCCCUGGCCACGCUGACCAAGGACGUGCCCAAGCGCCAUUCCUUGGCCAUGCCGGGCGAGACGGUGCUGAACGGCAACCAGGAGUGGGUGAUGCAGGCCGACCUCCCGCUGACCGCCGCCAUCCGGCAGAGCCAGCAGACCCUCUACCACUCCCACCCCCAGCACUCGGCCGACCGGCAAGCGGUCAGAGUGAGCCCCUGCCAUUCCCGGCAGCCGUCCAUCAUCUCCGACGCCUCCGCGGCCGAGGGUGACCGCUCAUCCACGCCGAGCGACAUCAACUCCCCCCGGCAUCGAACGCACUCGCUCUGCAAUGGGGACAGUCCUGGACCGGUACAGAAGAACUUGCACAAUCCAAUCGUACAGUCUCUAGAAGACCUGGAAGACCAAAAAAGGAAAAAGAAGAAAGAGAAGAUGGGCUUUGGCUCCAUCUCCAGAGUGUUUGCCCGGGGCAAGCAGCGCAAGUCCCUCGAUCCCGGUCUGUUCGACGGGACAGCCCCCGACUACUACAUCGAGGAGGACGCGGACUGGUGACAGCACCGGAGCCUCUCCCGGCCCUGCACAUGUACAUAUCCCACCUGCCACACCUGUCCCACCUGUGGGCUGUUACCUGUUGUCUUGGGAGCGAUGCAGCUGUGUCGUAACUUCCGUUUUUUCCCCCCUUUUUUUCCUUUUUGUUUUUUGUUUUUUUUCCCAUCCCGGUAACUCCUUUGUUGUCGCUUCAGUUUGUCAGUUUGGGUUGGGUUUUUUUUUUUUUCGUCUUGUUUUGGAAGGGGUUUUUUUGUUCUUUUUUUUUCUCGUUCUUUUGACAAAACUUGAAACUUGAAGGACUGCUGUGUCUCUGUAAAUAUGAGAAAUAUUGUGCACUUUGUGCUUGUGACGUCUCUUGUCCGAAACCCGCUGUUUUCCGGAGCCCAGCCCGCGGGAUGUCCUCGCUUGGGGACAAAGGACCUGCCCAGCUGAGAGAUCUUGGAGAGAAAACACACAAAAACAACAACAAGAAAAUCUCCUUCGCUGUGAUGUCUUCCUGGCCGAGCCCCGCAGAGGCGACCCGGGCUGGUUGUUACACCUGCCGGUCUGGAAAUAAGUGUUUUAACGUUCCUUUUUAGUUGUUUUAAUUUAUUUGCACAAACCCAGAGGAGCUAUUCUAACUAAAUUAUUGCAGAAGUUUUGGGAUUUUUAUAUUUUUCCACGUCGGUUGGGAUGGGGCGGGGAGGAGGAAGGGGGUGUUUGUACUGUACUGUCCUGGGAAGUUGCUGUUGGGGGGGAUUGGGGCUGUGGACCCCCCAGCCCAGGCUCCCUCAGCUGCCCCAGGAGCACUUAAACGCCUUGGAAAACGCAAACCUAAACACGUGCCGGAAAAUCAGACGGGGGCAAGCUGGUGGGAGCUUUGCCCGCUGGUUUUCCCUGCUUUUGAGGGGGCUCACCCUUUGCUUCAAGUAAAAUUUAGGGGGAUCUGGCACAAGCUGGGAGCAAGGGGAAAGGUGAUAUCCCAAGAUAUCCCAUAUCCCAAGACAUUGCCCAGAUAGGGCCGGCCACCCCGCUGCAGUUUGGGGUGUCAGCGCCGUCGGAGGGGGCUGGGGAAAUCGGUACGAGUCCCCACUGGGAAGGUUUUUCUGGCUUUGGGGUGAUUUGGAAGCACAGGUGGAGCUUGUUUUUCCAAAUCCCUUGGAACUGCCCCCAAACCACCCCCCGGCGCAGCGGCCGCUUCCCCUCUCCACUAACACGUGCCGUGCUCUGCUUAUGCCAAGAUAAGUACCUUAUGCUUUAAUGCUUACAAUAUAAUUUUAAGCUCUUAAAAAAAAAUGUAUUAAGAUUUAUUUAAUGAACUAUAAUAGUGUAUUAUUUUUCUUAAUUCCAAUACGUGCACCCUGGUUAAAAAAAAGAAAAAAUAGAAGGGUAUUUUGUCUUAAAUCACCGAAGUGAAGCAAUGCCCUCGCGCUGUGUAUUCCAUUCCAAGGGAUGAUGCAGAGGGGCCAUGGAGGGGGUGACAGAGGGACCAGCCCCCCAGGCUCUGCUGGGGUGGCAGACUUUGCCCCAUGGCAUCUUUUCUCUGCAGAGAAGCAUUUUUAUACAUUUUUUUUAUUUUUUGGGUUUUUUGUUUUGUUUUUGUUAUCCUUGCGUUUUUAUAAUUUAAACUCUAAACCAUCAGAACAGAUGAGCGAUCUCCUUGUUAUCGAGUAGUUUCCUUUGCAUUUCAGCUUUUUUGUAAAUUAGGAAGUAAUUCUAAAAAUUACUAAGAGGAUGAUUUAUUUAAAAGAGAACUUUGCUAAAUAGCAUAUGAAUUAUGGGUAACAUUAGAUUUAACUUUUCCCCCUGUGAGUGGGGGAGAAUCCUUGAAGGCAUGGAUGCAAAUAUAAAAUUAUAAAAGAUCUAAAUAAAGCUUAUUUUAAAGUA